CACUGGUAUUCCAGCAUAUUAAAGUAAACCAAACGAUGGCCAGACUUUCACACGAGGACUGCCAUCUUCCCCAUUAUGACGUUUGCUCCAAGUCAGCUCGUUAGCGACAGACUACAAAUCAGUACACUGUAUCAAAACUUUUCCCCCCUAAAAUAUCGGGUCUUGGCGAUGAACUAAAGAAAUAAAAACAAACAUUUCACAUUUACGCUUUCCUUGUCAACAAUGUCCAAAGUGGCCGAAGAGAGAAGCCGAGAAAGAAAAUCAAAAGCUAAAUUAGAUCGUCUGCUAGAUAUAAAAAAGGCCAUAAUGGAAUCAUUGCACAUUUUGUCACGACAUGACCGAUCGUCCGAUCAAUCGAAGAAAUCCAGCACCCGGCAACCCAAUGUUACUUCUGCUUACAGACUUUGUCGAGCUUCGGAGUGGUGUCCCCUGAAUCGUGUAGACGUCAUUCGUCAACCAGACAACGGUUCUCACGUUGUCCCUGUUCUCAUGGACCCCAACUCCCAACUUCAAAAUUCUUGCCAGACAUGGCCACAAGACAUGUAUUUUGGAAAAGCUAUCUCCGAUUUUCAACCAUCACUAACACAUUCUCGUGUAGAGCUAAAUUCGACUCAUAAAGACUCCACUUAUUCACAGGAAGCAGAUUGCAAACAGCGGUCAAAGAUUACAACAAAGUCUUCAAAGCAGAACAAUGUUAAACAAAGUCAAUACAAUACAGCAGACGAUCUAGCCAAAAUGAAGCAUCCAUCUUGCAAUACUGAUGUUAAAUUGCAAACUGCGAAAGGAAAUGUUUCCAAAGCGUCACCCAAUACUAUCCAAAGACAUCAAGAGGUUCAAACAGAACCGGAAGAAGCCUACCCUCGAGAUGUUGAUGACAUCAACUCAGACAUUAUAGACUAUCUCAACCAGAUCAACGACAAGACAUCCACACUUUACCAAUCCGACCCCCCUCGCCGUUCGACGUGCUUCUCCCCACGCUACGACACUUACGACGAGGGGUUCUGCUACCGUUACCACAGCCCCCAAUACCUGCCCCCAGAACGAUUCUACAGGUCUCAAGAGUACAGUACACUUCCCACCGCUGUAGACUUUCGGUAUGAUGGCGGCCAUCACUUUUUAAGCUACACUACCCCAACACGUCAGCGUGGUUAUUGCUCGCCGUAUGCCUAUGAUAAAGAUCAUCUAGUACCACAGUCAGAUAUUAGACCUCCCUCGGAAGACAGCGGGUCUGUCUUUAGUUCAGAAACAGACUCGGACUUCAUCUUCUAUCCCUGCACCUCGUUAGUGGAUUCUUUCAAAUGCAUGGCUUUGGUUGAUUCCAGAAACACAAGCUUCUUGUCCCCUCCAGGAGAUCUGCCUGAGAACAUUAACAGCGCAUUCAGUUGGAGGUCAGAAUUGUUUGGAAGCAGCUUGGACGACAUAACCCAGCAGUUCUUCUAUGACGAGGAUGCCCUGAGCGACGACGUGUUUGUAGAUGAUUUCAGAGCGUACCCCACAUUUCAGACAGAGCCCUCGGGUGAUGGCCAAGCUCACCAACACGAAGAGCACAUCUCACACAGUUUUGAGAAUCCUUUGUACGAAUCUCCAAAAAGUCUACAGGCCACAAUAUGGACCCGUACAGAUGUGUCCGGCGAACCCAGUGAAUAUGACUACACUUACCGCUAUGCUGAUAUCGAUGAAGUUCUGCAGAACUUUGACCACACGGGGAACCAAAGAGCUGACGAGACAGGCAAACUCAGUAGUAUGAACCUUAUUUCCGACACGCAUCACUCAGCCUCAAGUGACUCCAGCGGUUCCCAAUCAGUAGAAGAUCACUGUCUCAAUGUGGACCACGAACUUGCAAACGUAUUCGACAGCCUGAGACGCAAUAGCACCCAAUCCAAAGCUAGGAAGAUGUGGAGACAGCGCAGGGCUAGAGCCAAGAAAAAUCUGAAAUGUAGCAAAGAGGAGUCGGUCACUUCUCCGCCAUCUUUGAUCUUCAAGUUUAUUGCACCGCCGACUCCAGGGAUCGAUGACGUCAAGCCAUUAAGAGGGAUACUUAAACGUAAAGACAGCGUCGAUCGCGAUAACGCCGAGGUCAAGUCGACUUCUGAUGACAAACUUGUACACUUAUCAAAGACCAACUUGGACGAUCAGAAAAACGACAGCAGAUAUGACCCAGACACACUCUUAAAUAAACAAAAUCUAGACCAAAACUUUAAUGUCAAUCACUUUGAACAUUUGGUCCAAACCAAACAAGCUGACGCGGUCGUUAAUGGCAUUGAUGUGUCAGCCAAGGACAACAAUAGUGAGAAGAAGACUUUUCAUUAUGUUCCGUUCCAAUCUGACAACGGCGCAGUGGAUCUAGUCCGUAUCCGGAACAAUAGUCUUGAUGUCUAUAGAUGGAGUCAAUCUCUUCACAAACGGAACAGAAGACAGGCCAAAAAGGCGCGAAAGUUGACUGCAGCUACACUUUGAACACAUUUUAUAUUCCGUUUUGUUUCUCUGACCGAAAAGUAACAAGGGUGUUGUGUGAACUGCACAAUGACAUCGAUAUUUCAAACUACACAAGGACUGGUACAAAAGGAUUCCCAUUUUUUCAUCUUACCAAAAACACAUCUAUGUUAAGGACACCUUCCCCUCUUUACGACUUAGAGCUCCUUGAUACAGAGAACACAGAAGGUCUACUUUUACAAGCACGAUAUUUGUGUUAAUAGACUGUUUUAGAGAAUGAAAUGACGACUUAAAGACACUGAUAUAUAGGCCUACGUACCGGUAUAAUUUGAUAAAGAAAGUAAGAGCUGACUUGAAAUAAUUAUUUAAAAUAUGGAAACCAAUUUAAUAAUACACAUGUAUGGGGUUAAAAAAAAAAAAAAAGUGAGAAAUAGCAGCAAGAGAUAAACCGGAAAUGAUCAUAAUAAUUUGAUUGACUAAUUGACACAAACUUCUUUGUCCCUUGAAUAAAAUUCAACUAUCUGAUAUAAACUUUUCACAUGUAAAUUAAGAAUGAAUCUGGUGUGAAAAUAUAUUUUUGGUUUUCUAUAGUUUUUUGCUUGGUGUAAUGCACAAAUUACAGAUUAGUAUUAUUAUCAUCAUAUUUACCAAUUUGAAAAUAUAAUCUUUAAGUCAUUUUUAAAAUGAAUAUUCAAGUGUUCUGAAUAUGUUCUUCAGCCUUUGUUGGUGUGUACAUUAAAUGAUUUGCAAUAACAUGAGCAAGUUGGGUGUUUGUUUUAUUUGUUUCAUAUGAUCCUUCAAAAUGGGAGAUUAUUAUAUACUUCCUAGCCUAAACCUCUAGCAGGACGGAGGAGGGCAGCCCAGGACCACUGAGAGGACAGUCCAGGAUGCAUACCGCAUGACCAGGCAAAGUUGUUGAUUCCACAAUCUAUCAGCGAGCAUAUCUUGAUAAAUUUAAUGUUGACCAUUCCACUGCUUACUAGAUUAGUAGUUUGGAACUGAAAGCCGAACAAGAUCUAAUGCCGUCUCAUCAUUCCCAUGAAGUAGUCCUUUUCUUCAAUUAACUUCACUUAUCAUUACAUGUUCAUAGCCCUAGAACAAAAUUAAAUGUAAACCAAAUGAACCUGCUUGGGCCAGGACAACUUGUCAGGUUAUUCAACUCUGCUUGAUAAAGAAAUCUCAACAAAUACCAAUAAUCAGAAAUAAUAAUUUUUUUUUUAUUACCCACAUUUUAAUGUUUUCUCUAAAACAUGUUACUGUUUAUGUACAGUUCAAGUUCAUUUUGAGUACAAAUAAAGAUAUUUAAAAAAAAAAAUGAGGGCCUCUAGCUGUUUACCAUCUUACUGAAACAAAACAGACUGCUUUAUAGUUGUCAUUGGAUGUGAAGAUGCUGAAUUAAUGCCUGAUAAGUAAUCCAUCAUUACAGGAGAUUUGAAC